AUGUCGUCGAAUCGCAACAGCAACGACUAUGUAGGGGAGUCCUUCGAUGAUGCCCCCGAACACCCAGAGAAUCUCAAUGUCAAAAUCCCUCAAUCCUCUUCAACCAGGUCAUUGACCGACAGCCCACCCGUCGGUACAGCCCCUUCUCCCGACGCGACGGAGAAGCCGCCUCUCCCUACUGCAUCGCAGGACGAGCAGCAGGACGACGGGACUGACGGCGGUGAAACCAAGAGCGCAAAGAAAAAUAAGAAGAAGAACAAGAAGAAGAAGGGAAAGAAUCAAGAUGAGGUCGAAGAGCAAGAUAACGCCACCGUGGAGGAUGGCCCAGGCGAUGCCGUGGAGGACACCGUGGACCUCGAGACUGUCGGAGAAGCAAAGGGCGAUGGCAGUAAGGACCAGAAGGAUGAGCAGGCUCAGCUAGAUGGACCCCUGGAGACCGAAGAGCUGGGAGAUGGAGACCGCACGCCCGUGAGGAGUCCCCCGCAAAAGUCCCCCCUACUCACCUCCCACCGUCUAUCAACCACCUCAUCAUUGGACGAGGUGGCCUUGACCAAAGAGGAUGAGUCGGUCGCCCCCAACAUUACGACCCCAGACAUAACGAGACAGUCGCCCCCGGUCCCUGCCAAGGAUGAUGUCGCUUCCCCGCCGAGCGGAGGCCUCAUGGGCUUGUCUGGAGCCUUGCCAUCUUUGCCUUGGGGACCGCCUCCAGUGAACAAGAACCCUCCUCCUCCUCCUGCUGCUCCGCCCCCUGCGCCCACCCGGAAACCCAGCGGGCCCUUUGCGUGGUUCUCCCGAAGCUCGACCGGAACCAAGGACAUCAAGUCUCCCCAGUCUACCAGUCGACGGAACACUGCCAAUUCUGUUUCUACACUCGCAAGCAACUUGGAUCGAUCCCAUGACGGUGAAGAUGGGGACUCGUCGAGCGUCAACUCGAAGAAGCCGCGGAGGAACAGCCUCAAGGACCAGUUCAAGCUGCUGCGCAUGCGAGAAGAGGUCCACGCCCAGGGGCAUGGCCACGAGAAUGAUGAUGGCAGCGUCCGCUCCGGUCACGCGAGCAUUAGCCAUGCCGGAGCUAGUCCGCCUAUCAUCCCGGAAGAAGGAGAGGAAGGCAUUUUGGCCGCUCCUGCACCCGCCCCAGGAGCAACAUCGCCCGGUGGGGCUCAAUCGACGAUCAACGCAAGUCUAGCACCAGGCACCGUGUCUGGGUCCUCUCAAUCCGCCAUUGACGCAUCUACACCCGUUGACUGGGAUCUUUGGCAGCAGCUGGUAAAUAACGGACCUCAGGCUAUUGGUAGCUCGGAGGAAUUGAAUGCGGCCAUCAAACGGGGUAUCCCACAGACCAUCCGAGGCGUCAUCUGGCAAAUCUUGUCCGAUUGCCGUACUGGUGAGUUGGAGGAUAUUUACCGUGAACUCGUCGCUCGGGGAACAGACAAGGACCGUCGCACACCCGAUCUCUUGAUUAACGGCACCACCGAGACAUCCUCAUCGCGAUCGUCCAUUCGCUCUAACCACUCGGGCUCCCCAACACAACCAACGAGCACCACUCCCAGUCCGUCUCAGGAGAUGGACCCUGAGAGGCUGGCCAAAGAACAGGCUGCCAGUGAAAGCGUCCGCGCAAAGAGGGCCAAGGACGAGGCUACCGCAUUGCAAAAAUUGGAGAAAACUAUCCGGAGAGAUUUGGGUGCACGGACAAGCUAUUCGAAGUACUUCAUCUCCCAAGGAAGCCAAGAAAGUCUGUACGGAUUGUGUAAAGCCUACGCUCUUUAUGAUGAAGCCGUUGGAUACGCCCAGGGCAUGAACUUCAUCGUCAUGCCUUUGCUUUUUAACAACGAUGAGGUCGAUGCCUUUGAGUUGCUCGUGAAAUUGAUGAAUAAGUACGGUCUUCGUGAAAUGUUCAUUGCGGACAUGCCUGGUCUUCAUCGCAGUCUUUAUCAGUUUGAACGACUACUGGAGGACCUCGAGCCAGCUCUUUACUGCCAUCUCCGCCGCCGUGGCGUGCCCCCGCAAUUAUACGCUACACAGUGGUUCUUAACAUUAUUCGCCUACCGUUUCCCUCUCCAACUUGUCCUUCGCAUCUACGACUUGAUAUUUGAAGAGGGUCUUGAGAACACCAUCGUCAAAUUCGCCGUUGCGAUCAUGCGCCGCAAUACAGAGACUCUCUUGGGAAUGAAAGACAUGGCCGCCCUUACAACGUUCCUCAAGGAGCGCAUCUUCGACGUGUACAUUGAUAAGCAACCAUCCGCAUCCUCAAUCUUAGAAUCCGGCUUCUUCGGCAGCUCCGGCGCCGCAGACAAGGGAGUCUACCGAUCAGACAUCCUCGUGCAAGAUGCUUGCGACAUCCCACUCACAAAAGAGAUGCUCAAUUCAUACACAGCCGAAUGGGAAGAAAAGACACGAACGGAGAAGGAGCGCGAACUCGAACUCGAACACCUCCGCCACACCACCGCCACGCAAUCAUCCCGGAUUCGCCUUCUGGAAGAACGCGCCGAAGCAUCCGAUAAGGAACACGUCCAAUUAGCUUCCGAGCUCGUCCAUGCCAAGGUUGAGAACGAGGAACUCCGCGACCUAACAGAAGCCCUAAACCUGCAGGUUAGCCAGCUGAAGAAAGUCGUGGACAAGCAACCCGCCGAAGUGGAGGAGAAGCUCCGCCUUGAGAUGGAACGCAUCAUGCAGCGCAACAUCGAGGUGCAAAAUGAGAAUCGCUCCAUGGAGGAGAAUAUGGCGGAUAUGGAGAAAGAGUUGGUUGCUACUAAGAUGAAGUGGGCCGAGAUCUCCGAAAAUCACGAAACUCUUAGGCAAAAAUGGAGUGAUCUCCGCCGAGCUCUUGAUUAA